UCGCCACGUCUCUGCAUCCAGCUCGGUUCGUUCCAUCCUGGCACAAUCUUGUCCUACGAUGGGCAGCAGCUAUCGCCCGACGCUGCCGCUGCCGCCCAACUUCUUUACGUGCCCGCCGCUACAUGACGACGAGAUCAAGCAGCUGAAGCUCCUUGCGAUCGCGACGGCCACCGAAGUCGUCGAGCACUCGCAGCUCCGCGACGGUGGCAUUGCGUGGACGCUUCGAUCCGACGAAGGCAGCAUGCGAUUCUUUAAAGCGCCGGACCCGUUGCACCGUGUCGGUGCCCACAUGUACAUGAGCGUCGUCGAAGUCGCCGGUACGCUGGACGAAGUCAUCGACCUGUUUCGGACGGAUUCGACCUUUAAAGCGAAAGAGUACGUCAAGCGGUUUGGAAAAGGGCUCUUGGAUGCCGUCAACUUGUACUCGAUCGUGGAGCCGACGCCCGCCUUUCCAAAUGAAAAGGUUGGCAUCACGUGGUUUGCCAUGAAGAGUCCGUUCGACAAAAUCGUGGCCAACCGCGACUGCGUCAUGCUCGAGUGCCAGCAUGAAUUCCAGUGGACAACAGAUCGGCGGGCGUGGGUCCGCGGCUUGCGCUCCGUGGAUCUCGUAUGCUGCCCCGACAUGCAAUCGACGUUGGGACUUGUCCGGUCGACGCAAUAUGGUGUUGGCCACGUCGUGCUCGAGUCGCUGGAUCGACCGGGGUACCUUCAAAUUUCGUUUUUGAACCACUUUGACGUCAAGGGAAAUCCCCCCGAGUGGUUGAUUGAGAUGGGCAUGAAGAAGCGGUGCAGGAGCAUCCUCGACAUUGAGCUGUACCUCCGCGAAGACCGCCUCAGUCGCGGAUAUUUGCUGUCGCCCGCCGAGUUUGUGCCGCUGACGCGACGCCGCCACUGCUUUCUGUGUCGCAAGCGAUUCAACCCGUGGAGCAAGCGGUCGAAUUGCAUGAAGUGCGGCGAAGUGCUGUGCAGCGGAUGCAACUCGAAUUGGAACGUCAAGCUACACAAUGGCACCGUCCAUGCUGUCAUCCAGGCGUGCAUUCGAUGUGCCCAGAGAAACCCAAUCUCGGACGUUGGAACGGAUGCCACGUCAUCGAUGACGACGCGCAGCCAUGCCAGCAAUCCGUACAGCUACACGAGCCACCCCCGCAGUCACGCACCGACCCACGACAGCCACACGUUUCGACCGAACCGGUUCGACCCCGCAGCGUCCUCGUCGUCGGCUUCGUCUGAAUCGAGGCGAAACCAACCGUCGCGAACUGGCACCAUGCACUCGACCCACGACCCCCUGCAGACCUUCUACCCGCCGCUUGACGAUUCUGUCUACACUGACCCGUACCAACACAACCACGUGGCCAUGGACUCGCAUGAAUCCGUUGUGUCGUCGGCUUCCUCGGCUUCCGUCUGGACGACAUCGUCCGAUUUUACCAAGAAGCUCAUGCCUCGGUUCACGGCACGCGGCGGCCAGCGUUCGCUGCCACCCCAAGGACAGCGCUUCCAGUACAUGGAAGAGGACGCCCAGCAUGGCGGCAAAGAUCCCUUGGUCAACACAGAUGACCGCCCUGACGACGUUGCUCUAGACGAGCAAGAUGCCACAUUCAGGAGGAACAGCAGUGCUAGCAGCGAAGACGGCGAUGGUGGUGGCAGCUCCCAGCAAGGCUCGCGCGCGUCUGUGUGGCUCACGUUGUCGCAGGGAAGAGGGGGCGAGUUUGUUGUUCACUCGCCGACGUCCAUGUCUAUAGUAGACAACUCCACGGCGGAAAGACACCGAGAUGACGCGGGAGGCAGUCCGACGGCGGGCAAAUCCUCCCGCCGCCAAGCCACGAUGCUGCAUCGAUCGAGCUCGCUGGACAUGGCCACUAUGUCGAUGAUUCCGUCGAUGAUGGACAUGGUACCUCUCUUACCACACAACCACCGAACUCUCCUGCCCACGCAAAAAGCGUCGGCUACGGUGUCGCUUGCACCGAAGACCGCUUCGAAACAGCCCGACCCUGUAGUGGAAGCCGUCGCCGCAGCAGCUGCUGCAUGGUCCAUCAGUGUGCCGACGAGGCCAUCCGUUGCCGCGUCCUCGGUCGAUUCCAAAGCCAGCGAAGACUUGCACGUGCUCACGUCGGUGUGGACCGCCGAUCCGAAUGACUUUCGCCGGCCCGGCGGAGAGCACACAGAGCAAGAAAAACAACGUGGUCCAUCGAUUCAGGAACAGACCGAUCGUGGCCGCAAGCCAGUGGAAUCUGCUUUGUGCACAAGUCCCCAUGGUCCGAUCUUCUUGGAAUAAGUUUUCACGUGGCGUGGGUUGGUGCAUGCAGCAUGGCCGAAAACGUGGGGCUUGAAUCGCGUAUAUGUGAAUUUGAGCUUUACCUGAUGAUGCAGUCGGUGCGUGCGGUGUCUCUCGGGGGCCGACGACGGAGUUCUGCUCAUUGGGACGCGCAGCCGACCGACUGGUCGAGCCCACUACGGCAUGUGACAAUGGGAGAAGC